UCAGGCUCAGGCCCGGCCUCCUCCGCUUUUUCCUCUCCCUUCACCUCUCCCUCCCCCCUCUCCUCUCCACCUCCCCCCUCCUCCCUCUCCUCUCCCGACCACUACGACUCUGUCUACGAUGAUCCCUGCUGCGACUGCUGCCACGACCAACGUCAACUUCAUCGACACCGUCAACAUCAACGUCACCGCCAGCACCUCGUCGACUGCAUCUUAUUCGCCCGUAUCUACUUUUCCUCCCCUCCCUCUCUUCUCUCUAUACUCAUCUCUCUCACACUCAUCUCUCCUAGAACAACCCCCCCGCUGCCACCACCACCGACCGCGACAGACAGAGUUCGACCCCGCGCCGCGAGCACGGACCUACCUCAUCACCGCCGCAGACCCUCCCGACCGCUCAUCCUCCUCCCCCGCCUCCUCGUCCGGCGAACUCUCGCCGCCCUACCCGGCUCAAGUAUACUUCCUCCCCGCAAGACACCCUUCUCCCGCUGCUGAUGACGCGGUGCUAGCAAAGGUCCUGCCCAGACCGCCUGACUUUGCAGACGCGGUUGAGACGCCUGCUUGCGAGCCGAUGGACGUCGAUGGUCCUGAGUUCUCUGCAGCGGUGGAGGAGUAUAACCGCGCUGUUUCUACUUCUAUUCCUUGCUCUUCUUCUCAGAAGCCAGGUCAAGUCCAUGUUCCAGUCCCCGACGAACACGCGCGGAUGCUGGCAGAUAUGGACGCCGCGAUUGACUCUGACGUGGCCAGAGUGCUGAGUCUGAAUUCGGAUACUUUCGACGACGUCUACCAACGCGAGCGUCUUUCUCCUCUUGCUGCAGAGAGAGAAGAGCAGCAGAAUGUGGACGCGGACGAGAUUGGCGAUUUGUCGAUUUUUGGCAUCGGGCGAUUAACCACCGCGUUCAAAGCGUGGAAUUUGAGUGUCUCGACCACUUCCCCCGUAGAUGCAGAGCAAGAGAGCGAGAGUGAGAGGGAAAUAACUACAGCGACAGAGGAAGAGAAAGAGGAGUUGACGAGCGCAGAGGGAGCGACUCGGGUGGAGAGCAUGGAUACAGAUGGAGAUGUGGUGAUGACUGAUGCUGUGUUCUAGUCUGUGUCUUUCUGUGUGUUCUGUAUUUUUAUCGACUGCUGCCUUCGAUUCGAUCGUUAUUGCUGUUCUGUGCUGAUAACGCUAUACCCUUCUAUACCCUCUCACUAUCCAGAGUACUCAAUAUAUUUAUAUAAUCAUGCAAGUAACAUAGCAACACACAACUACCCCUCAAUCUUCGUAACCACCAUCUGAUUUAUCACCACAAAGUAGUAAAUCCCAAUAACCGUAACCGUCAGCAUCCCAAACGACAGCCACC